AUGUUCAAUAUGAUUUUCCUCUUGUUGCUUCUCAACAUUCCACUUCUCACGGCCAGUUUCAUUUAUCCCAGGUGCUUUUGGAAAAUGAAGCAGAAUGAAGGCAAGGAUGAUUACUUGGGGAGAGGCUGUAUCUUCCUCCCCAGAAUAGUGCAGUUGCCUGUGGCAAAUGACUAUUUCAACCAAAUUUUGGAUAUACAAACAGCAGCUGAGAACUACAAGUUUGCUCUGGCCUUGGCUUUUACCAUGGAUGAAGUCAACAGGAACUCUGAUCUAUUACCAAAUAAAUCUUUAGUAUUUGAUUUCUCAGCAGAUAAUUGUAUGAGCAUGUCUCAAUUGUACAGCCUCAAACAAUUUUUGGAACAAGAUCAUGAUAUUUUUCCUAAUUAUAUCUGUGACGAAGGUAUCAUGUGUCAAGUGACGCUUACAGGACCAAACUGGGAAACAUCUGCAAUACUUGGGACAAUCCUAGACCUCCACAAAACCCAACAGGUUAUUCAACUUACCUAUGGACCCUUCCAUCCAGUCCUGAGUGAUUAUGAACAAUUUCCCUACCUGUAUCAGAUGGCCCCGAAGGACACAUCUCUAGCCCUCGCCAUGGUGUCCAUCACACUUCAUUUCAGCUGGACGUGGGUAGGGCUGGUCAUCUCAGACAAUGAUCAGGGAACCCAGUUUCUCUCAUAUUUGAGAAGAGAGAUGGAAAAACAUACAGUCUGCUUUGCCUUCAUAAAUAUGAUCCCAAUCAACAUGCAGUUAUACAUGUCAAGGGCUGAAGUGUACUAUAACGAAAUCAAGACAUCAUCUACAAAUGUUGUUAUCAUUUAUGGUGACACAGACAGUACUCUUGCUGUGAGCUUUCAAAUGUGGGCAUCCCAGGGUUUACAGAGAAUAUGGGUCAUCACCUCACGGUGGGAUGUGACUAUAAGUAAAAUAGACUUCAUGCUUGACUCACCACAUAUGACUCUAGCUUUUGCACACCAUCAUGGUGAGAUUUCUGGUUUUAAAAAUUUUGUUCAGACAUUGAGCCCUCUCAAAUACACAGAUGAAUAUCUUGCAAGGAUGGAGUGGUUGAACUUUAACUGUGAAGUCUUUACUUCCAACUGUACCACACUGAAGAACUACUCAUUAAGAGCCUCUAUGGAAUGGUUAGUGGUACGGACUUUUAACAUGGCCUUUAGUGAUGGUGGUUAUGACAUAUACAAUGCUGUGUAUGCUUUGGCCCAUGCACUACAUGAGAUGGAUCUUCAACAAGUAGAUGCUCAGCCAAUGAACAAUUGGAAAGGACGUGGUUCUAUCUGCUUGAAGCUGAACUCAUUUCUGAAGAAGACCCACUUCACUAAUCCUGUUGGGGACAGAGUAUAUAUGAACCCAAAAGAAGAACUUCAGAAUGAGUAUGAUAUUUUCCAGAUUUGGAAUGUCCCACAUGGUCUUAGAUUUAAGGUGAAGAUAGGAAAGUAUACCUCAAAUUUUCUACAUGGUCAACAGCUCCAUGUAUAUGAAGACAUGAUAGAGUGGGCAACAGGAAAUAGACAGAUGCCAACCUCUGUGUGCAGUGCUGAUUGUGGUCCUGGAUUCAGAAAAUUCUGGCAGGACGGAAUGUCAGCUUGCUGUUUUAAAUGCAGCCCCUGCACAGAAAAUGAAAUCUCUAAUGAGACAAAUGUGGAUAAGUGUGCAAAGUGCCCAGAAGACCAGUUUGCUAACAGAGAGCAGAACCAGUGCAUUUACAAAGCUGUGGUCUUUCUGAACUAUGAUGAUCCAUUAGGGAUGGCUCUUGCCUUAAUGGCUUUGUGCUUUUCUGCAUUCACUGCAGUGGUUAUCCUGGUCUUUGUCAAGCACCAUGACACUCCCAUUGUUAAGGCCAAUAACCGGAAGCUCAGUUACAUCUUGCUCAUCUCACUCUUCUUUUGUUUCCUCUGCCCUCUGCUCUUCAUUGGCCGUCCAAACUCAGCUACAUGCAUGCUACAGCAAAUCACAUUUGGAGUUGUAUUCACUGUGGCUGUUUCCACUGUGUUGGCCAAAACAGUUACUGUGCUUCUGGCUUUCAAAGUCACAGCCCCUGGAAGAAGAAUGAGAUACUUCCUGGUUUCAGGAGGCCCUAACUACAUCAUUCCCAUCUGUACUCUCAUCCAAGUUAUUAUCUGUUCAGUCUGGUUGGGAGCUUCUCCUCCCUCUGUUACUGUUGAUGCUCACUCUGAGCAUGGCCACAUCAUCAUUGUCUGCAGCAAGGGUUCAGUCACUGCCUUCUACUGUGUCCUGGGUUACCUGGCCAGCCUGGCUCAGGCAAGCUUCACUGUGGCUUUCUUGUCCAGGAAUCUUCCUAACACAUUCAAUGAAGCCAAGUUCUUGACAUUCAGCAUGCUGUUGUUCUGCUGUGUCUGGAUCACUUUCCUCCCUGUGUACCAUAGUACAAAGGGUAAGGUCAUGGUCGCUGUGGAAAUUCUCUCCAUCUUGGCUUCUAGUGCUGGGAUGCUGGGAUGCAUCUUUGUUCCCAAGUGCUACAUAAUUUUGAUGAGACCUGUGAAAAACAUCUGCAAUAUCAGGGAAAAAUCAUCUUCCAAAAGUGAUAGUUCAUUAAUUCGAACUGACAAACAUAUAUUGACUUCAUGGGCGAGGGCCUUGAUCAAUAUGCAUCUCCAACCUACUCUUCAAAAUUAUCUGGGACAGUAUAUCUAG